CUGCCCAUUCACGCCGGCCAUGCCUGCAUUUCUCCGGAGCCGGGCGGUCCGCAUCAUCAUCACGCGCGCCCUCCGUCGUCAGCCUUGUUUCCCCUAGCUCCUUAGCGUCGCAUGCCUAGCGGGCCGCUCCAAGAGAAGCUGCUCCUUUUUAUACGAAAGUCUAAAACAUGCGGCCAAGGCAGCUGUCAACGGGCGCGCAGCAGCGCCCAGCGGCCCAGCCCCCGUCUGUCUACUCUCGCUUUGCCCACGAGCCGGGAUAUGCUUGUCGCGAUCCCUGGUUAGCGUCGUUACGAGGCUCAUGGGGGGAUGAUGAAUCGCCUGACUUUUUUCCUCGACUUCCUUCCCCAUCCGCCUACAUAUACCGCUCUCGCCUCUCUGCCGCCCUCUCCGCCCUGUCGCUCCGUCCCUUGUACAAUAAUUACUUCCCCCUCUCACGAAAGCUGGUCUUCCACUCAUCUCGCCUCUACUCCACCAGCAACUCGGCUCGGCUCUCCGACCCUCGCCUAUCAGCCAGUAUCAUCUCCAGCUACCUCCACCACAGCCUUCACCACGGCGCCCACUACCUUCAAAAUGCCUGCUGUCAGCUUCCCACCCUGCCCAGGCCCGCCGCCAAACCGUCCCCUCCCACCCAUUCCAACGAAAUGAGCGUGCCUUGCAUGCACAUGCGACACGCUACUCUCAUCGCCGACGCCUCCUAAGCACCCUUCGAUUCUCGAUCAACGCGCCACCAUUCGCGUUCACUUGUACUCAUGUCGAGCACCUACUCGCCAUCAUCCAUGCCACUCCUACGACGUGGCAUGCUCUGGCGGUAAUCUUCUAAUGGGGUGCACCAACCCCAUCGAACACGCGCCUGCAACGCUCCUUCCACCGGAU